AAACGACUUGCACAGAAUUUAUACAGAACGUCAGCCAAUGUUAUUGUCACGUGACUUAUCAUGGAUCUCUCCUUGUGGUGUGAUUUCCCGUCAGUGAUGCUCGAGGUCGAUACAAUGUAAUUAAAGAUGAGUGUCUGGAAGAGACUACAGAGAGUCGGAAAGGACGCCUCAAAAUUCCAGUUCACAGCUUCAUACCAGGAACUGGAAGUGGAAUGUACCAAAAAAUGGCAACCUAACAAGCUGUGUAUUGUGUGGACCAGAAGAAGCAGACACAGGUCAACAAAGCUUCACACAUGGGAGCCCACCAUACGGAAUCCAUACAGAGGCUUGGUGACAUGGACUGUUCCUGAGAAUAUCGAGAUCCAGGUGACCUUGUUCCGAGACAGUCAGCAUGUGGAGUAUGAAGACAAAGAGUGGAUAUUCCAGAUUGAAGAUCAAUCUCGUGCUGGGAGGAGGAAGAUUCUGGCCACUGGACCAAUCAACAUGAAGGAGUUUGCCUCCUCUGUUCCAACCCAGCACACAAUGAAGCUGACCCUGAAGCCUACAACAAAGAAGAUUGUCAAUGUUACAUUACAGUUUACACUGUCUUGUCUCUUUCUUAGAGAAGGAAAGGCAACUGAUGAGGACAUGCAGUCUGUGGCCAGUCUGAUGAGUAUAGGGAGGACUGACAUCGCCCUCAUGGACGACCUUGAGGAGGAAGAAGAAGAAACGAGUAAGGAGUUCUCCUCCGGAAUCUCCGAGAUUGCAUCGGAUAUAUCCAAGCUCAGCAGUCACGAUGAUGGUAAUCCGUUUGGAAAUCCUUUUGAAGAUGACCUUGACCUGGAUUGUGAUGAAUUCUGUGAGCCUUCAAUUGAAAAGAAACCAGUUUCUCUGAAUCCCUUUGAUGAAAGCGAUGAUGAAGAAGAUGAUAGUGCCACUAACCCUUUUUAUGAGAAAAACUCUACUAAUGACUCUUCAACUGCUCUAACAACUAGUCAGUCCUAUAACCCCUUUGAAACCGCAGACUCUGUAGAACCUGAAAAGAAAACAAAUACUCUUCCCGUCAAAAAGAGACGGGCCCCUCCCCCUCCAUCUGUGAGGGCUAAAAGUGAAAUUUCUAACACAAAAAGACCUUUGUACACAGGCACACCUCCAUCAUCCCCAGAGGAACAAAGGAAGGUCACAGAAAGGGCAAUAACUCCUCCACCAGAGUCCCUGGAUACGUCAGCCAGUUCCUCCCUCAAUGCUAGUCCCUCUAGGCAACUGUCCCCACAGCAUAAUAGUAGUGAUGUUGAAAGUGAAAGGAAGGUGCUGGAACCACUGGAUACUAACCAGAUGGAGUCACCUUCACGAAGUACAGAUUCAAGUAAGAGCCUUCUUGAAUGGUGCAAAGAUGUUACCAAAGGUUAUAAAGGGGUCAAGGUUACAAACUUGACCACAUCCUGGAGAAAUGGAAUGGCUUUUUGUGCUAUCAUUCAUCAUUUUAAGCCAGAUUUGUUAGACUUUAAGUCCCUGGCUCCACAUGAUAUAAAAGGAAACAACAGGACAGCAUUUGAUGCCGCAGCGGCGUGUGGUAUCCCACGUCUGAUAGAACCUUCUGACAUGGUCCUGUUGGCUGUUCCUGAUAAAUUAUCUGUGAUGACGUACCUCCAUCAGCUGAGAGCCUUCUUCACUGGACAGACCCUGGAGGUCCAACAGAUAGGUACAAAUACAAGAGAGAGUAUGUAUACUAUAGGAGACCUUGAUGCUAAUACUCAAAGUGAAAUCACCAGGGAGAUGUAUGGAACGAGUCGAGUGAAAGACAAAAACAAGAAAAACAAUAAAGAUAAUGGUCCUGCCAAGCAGGAUAGCAAAGAAAAUAGUCCCGCUAAUUCACAUAGCAAAGAAAAUACUCCAAGUGACCGCACGAGUGCCAGUGUCGAGUUGAGGAAAAGUCGAAGUAAAGAGUCCAGUCCCACAAAGACAUUAGACUCUAACCAAAAUGCCAAAGAUAGUUCUGUGAUAGAUAAAUCUGUGAAUUCUCCCAGUGAGGAAGAGACCAGUCCUGUUGUUGACGAGGAGGAGGAUGUGUGGCGCCCUCAAAGAGGAAGUAAAGCCUCUACUCCCCUCAGUGACCUGGGGUCUCCGGUCCUCAGUAGUAGGGGGUCACUUGGUAGUCCCGUCUCCCCCAGGUCUGGGACUCCUGUGUCUGAGGGCAGUGGACGGUCGUCGCGAGCCUCCACCCCGUCCAGUCCCUCCUCCAGUACUGUGUCCCCAAAAAGAGAAUCCGGUGGAGCUAAAAGAAUAAAUAUUCGUGAUUUGGACUCUGUAUUAAAGCCAAAGGAAGAGGACAGAAAGUCUCGACAAGAGGAGUUGAAGGAACGAGCUAAGUUCUUGUUAGAGCAAGCCAGAAAGGAGGCUGGCAUUGGAGAAACUCCAAGCUCUCCUGCAAAGGAGGUAGAAAAAGAGGAGUCUGAGGAAACUGAUGACAAGCAAAAAAGGUUAAAAGAGCGAGCCCGCCAGCUUAUUGAUGAAGCUCGGGCUGGAAUAGGUCAACCAGAGGUCAACCUGCCAAAGAGGCCCAGUAAAGAUCUAACAACAGAAGAAGCAGCUUGUAAAUCAACACUACGAAUGCGACGGAUAGUUCGCACUCCUGGUCUUUUUGUCAUUAAAAGUGAAUCUCUGUCCCUAAGUAAUGGAGAGGCAAAGAAGCCAGAGCUAAAACUGAAGAGAUUUAGCCUCAAACAACCAGAUCUUACUUCCUCACUGACAGCAUCUACCAAGAGUGAGGAGUUAGUAGAAAACAAGGUGGUCCAUUCUCCUUCAUCUGAUUUUUCCCUGACAGAGAGCAGUGAGGGAUCUAGAGAGGAUGGUGAUUACAGUUCUACACCUGAUUCCUUGGAGUUUGAAGACCAUGUGGAGAAGAAAAAGGAUGAGCAUCUUCAGGACACAAAUCAGUAUGUUCACAAUGAAAUGGAUGCUUUGGAGAGAGAACAAACACAGAUAGACAAACAGGCAGGGGAACUAGAGGCAAAACUAAGGAGAAUCAUGGGAAAAUCAAAGUACAAGCGUAUGGAGGAGAAAUUGAUGCAGGAGUGGUUUUUGUUGGUCAACAAAAGAAAUGCCUUGAUCAGACGACAGAUGCAGCUGAAUAUCUUAGAAAAGGAGGAUGAUUUGGAGAAACGAUUUGAAUUGUUGAAUAGGGAAUUACGAGCGAUGAUGUCCAUUGAAGACUGGCAGAAAACUGAAGCUCAGAAGCACCGAGAGAAACUCUUACUGGAUGAGCUUGUUGAGAUCGUCAACAAGCGAGAUGAGAUGGUGCAACAUCUUGACUCACAGGAACGAGCCAUUGAAGAUGAUGAAAAUCUGGAUAGAAGAAUAACAGAGGGUAAAAUUCUACAUGACAAAAAGGAGUGUUGCAUACAGUGAUGUAGACUGCUUUAUAGACCUAUAUAUAAACACACACCAGCUGCUGGUGUGUAUGCUAUCACUAUCCCGAGAGCAAGGGAUACCAGUUUAAAAGGCAACCAAUCCAAGUAACGGUCAUCAUGGUCAAAAGAGACAUACAGAUGAUUCCAUACUGGUGAACAGCAUGUGGGGCCCUUUUUUGUACUCACACAAUUAUAACUCUUGUCAAUCAUGUCCCAAACUUUGCCUUAUACUUUAGCUUCCAAAGUAAAGGAGUUUUGGCCAGUACUUUAAUAUUGUGUGUUCAUAUUGCAAUAUUGUUUUGUGACAUUAUAGCAAAGUACAGAUGUAACAUAGUGUUAUGUAUAGAUCUGUAUAAUUUCUUUUCUGAUAUUGUGACUAAACAAAUGUUGUACGUCAUGCUAUAUUUUUGGAAUUGCUGUAUGGCUGAGUUAUUGGAAUUUUAAUAGUACGCAUGAUAUUCAUAAACAUAGGUACACAAAUUUUAAAAGUAUACAAUGUAUAAAUGUUUCAAUUUAAGGUCAGAUAACAUGUUCCUCAGUAACAUAAUUUUUCCCAAGAAUUUGUGAUUGAAGUACUGCUACCUAAAACAAGUUUCCUCACAAAAAACUUGAGGUACAGGUACUUUGCCAGGCAUUUGUGCACGAUAACAUGUAGGAUGGUAUUUCCUAUAUAAUCUUACUGGAUAUCACUUGAAUUACUGUUACAUUUAUAACAAUAUGUGGUGUUUAUAUCUUUAAAGACACUUUUAAAACAGUUUAGAUAUCACAAGAUAAUUAUAAUUCUAAUUUUUUUGGGUAAAUUACAAAGAAAUAUUUGAGGAAUGUGCUAUCAGAUCCUAAACUUCAUUUGAUCACAUAUUCCAAGGAAGUAUUUUGAAAUAUAUCAGUUUUUUGUGAAGACUGUAUUGCUUGACAUUUUGAAAUGUAUGAGUAUAUAUAGUACUUGAUCAUGGUUUGUCCAGUACCUGUUAAAUUAAUUAACAAGUCUUGAGGGAAAUUUUUUGUCCACCACUCCUUGUACAACCUGAUGAUGUUUUGCAAUAUGAAUAUAACAAAUUUUAGCAUUUAUAGCAUUGCUUUCAUGGAAAGCACUGCAAACAUCACAUUUCAAUAAAAUAUUUAAUUUAUAAUUGGACAUUGAUAGAAUCAGUGGCCUUGGAGAGAAAGACUACCGGAGGGGUAUAUAUAAGUAUACUCUUGAGACAAUCAAAAUAAAAUGUUAGGGGCAUUAUAUAAAUUUAUAUAUCGAUUAAAACUGUAAGAAGUAGUAAUAAGAACACACACCCCCCCCCCCCCCAACAUACACACAACAAUAAUAAAUGAAUAGUUAAACUAAUAUUUUGGGUAAGUGAAAAGCAAUGAUAUUCAGUUCAAGAGGGUACUUUUCCAUAUUUUUAUGCUCAAAAAACAUUUUGGUCUCCUGAUAUUGUCCCAACUAUAUAUGGAAACUGAGUUGAUUUUAUGAACCAAACUGACAUUCUAUCAUAUUUUAUCAUUGCAUGUUAACCAAAUGCUGUCGAUGUGUUUUUGGUCCCAUACACGUUUAUACACCGGGAUAAACUUAUAAUUGUUCUUGUGGUGCUUUCUUUGUUGCUAUGUACCAAAUACAUGUAUUCUGUUCCAUUAAGUCAUCAAUUUAUGUACUGAAAUAAAUGCAGCAAAACAAAA